UCAGGCACUGCGGUAGGCGCCCCAGGAGCUGGCAGGACCCUGACCCCAAGAUGACGGCGCCCAGCGAAGUGGCCUCGGCCGCCUCCGGCGAUGGCGGGAGCGGCGGCUUUGGAUCAUGGCUAGACGGACGACUGGAGGCGCUGGGAGUGGACCGAGCCGUUUACGGCGCCUACAUUCUGGGUGUCCUGCAGGAGGAAGAGGAAGAAGAAAAGCUGGACGCUCUGCAGGGUAUCCUCUCUGCUUUCCUGGAAGAAGAUUCCCUCCUUAAUAUCUGCAAGGAGAUUGUGGAACGAUGGUCGGAAACUCAGAAUGUUGUCACCAAAGUGAAAAAAGAAGAUGAAGUGCAGGCCAUUGCGACCCUCAUUGAGAAGCAGGCACAGAUCGUGGUGAAACCCAGAAUGGUGUCAGAAGAGGAGAAGCAGAGAAAAGCUGCACUCCUGGCCCAGUAUGCUGAUGUGACAGAUGAAGAGGAUGAAGCAGAUGAGAAGGAUGAUUCAGGUGCCACCACAACGAACGUUGGUUCUGACAAAUCUCUGUUCCGAAACACCAAUGUGGAAGAUGUCCUCAAUGCCCGAAAACUGGAGCGGGACUCGCUUCGGGAUGAGUCCCAAAGGAAGAAGGAACAGGACAAGUUGCAGAGGGAGAGAGACAAACUAGCCAAACAAGAGCGCAAGGAAAAGGAAAAGAAAAGGACACAGAGAGGGGAGCGAAAGCGAUAACCUUGGCCCUCUCUAUUUUUUCCCCCACCAUGAACUUCAUCACACAGCAACUGGUUGUACAAAUGUGUAUUUAAGAGAAAUGAGAGAACGUUGCAAAGUGGUUUCCCAAGGCAUUUCCCCUUUGUUUACAUGGUCAAAAGGAAAAUCACAAUCACUUUGAGUUACAAAAUGUGCCAUGUUUUGGUGGUGUGAGCAGUCAGAUUAUUAUAGUUGAUGUCUGUACCAAAGAUCUGGAAUGGGGGCAACCUUUAUAUUUUAAUACUGAAGUCCUAUGCUCCUUUGGCCAUUUUAUAAAGUCUUCCCUCACCUUUGAUAAAUAGCAGGAGGAUUCAAGCUAACAGUUACAGUUUUCAUCGUGAAGGAGCAGAAACACGAUCACUCCUUCCCUGAGAUGCAAUGUGGGAGUGUACCUUGCUUUGGAGGCAGUAUUCACUCUUAAAUGUAGUAUUGUUUCAUGGCUGAAAUAGUUAAUGCAGAGCCCUACCUGGAUCCAGAUUUUAUGUUACAUGGCUGCAAACUAGGAAAAUGGGAAGAAAUUAUUUGGGGGAUGGUCUGGAUCUGAGAAUGUUUUUUAAAAAAAGUUUCAACCUAUGGGAGGAAAAGAAGUAUCAUAUUUUUCCUCAUCUAGGCUAUUGCUUUAAGGAUGUGUCAUUGGAUGCAAGGAUAACAUUGCUAGCUAGAUUCCUUUUUUUGUGAUCAUGAGUGCUGGUAGAGAUUUUAAUACUGAUUUUCCCUAAAACGUGAGUAUUAAGUGAUAACUCCUGGUUUAGAGAAUCUGGAGGAAUUGCCCUUUUAAGGAAGAAACACUGGAAAUCUCUGCUAUCACAAAGAUGUUUAAGAAUGUACAUAGUAGGUGCUCAACAAAUUUAUUGAAUGAAUGAAUGAAAAAACUGCUUGGGAGAGUCAAAAGUGGGCAGAAAUUCUCCAUUUCUACUCUUGUCACAAGCCACAUUUGAUUAUAAAUAAGGCCCUGCUCUGCUUCAGGCAGCAGUCUGUCUAGAAACCUAAAGAGGGCAAUAUCUCUGACAAGACAGAAAGUAGAUAUUUUAUACCAGGGUCAGCAAACUACUGCCCAUGGCCCACAUUUGCCCCAGUCUGGUUUUGUAUGGUGCAAAUUAAAAAUGGUUUUUACAUUUUUAAUGGAUUAUAAAAUAAAAAAUAUGUGACAGAGACCAUAUGUGGUCUGUAAAACCUAAAAUAUUUAUUAUCUGGCCCUUUGGAGGAAAAGUUUGCCAACCUCUGUUUUAUACCAUUAACUAUGAGAUUAACAGAAACUUUUACCUUUGUGCAAAAGGUAAAAAAGAGCAUGGUUAAGGAAAAGGAGAUGUGUUACCUCUUCAUAUACUCCUCUAACCGUGGCCUUGCAAAAAUAAAAAAUAACCACCUUUUAAAAAAUAAAUUUUAUUUAAAUCAC